UGGAUUUGAUCUUUUUGGGUCAAUUAAUACUUUCGGUAGAACCCUAGAAACACCACGCAAACGACGAACAACGAGAAGCUAUGGGAGAAGAACAACAACAUCAAGAAGACGAAGCGAACAAGAACUCAGGUCCAAGUUCCUCCAUCCCAUUGACACAAGCUCAGUUCCUCUCAUGGAAAACCCACAAGGAAGCGGAAGCAUCAGCCAAGAAAGCUGAGGCAUCAAGGAAACGGGAGGCAGACAUUGCUGCAGGUUUGGUUCAAAUGAAUGGCAAAGAACUUUUCAAGCAUGAACCAUGGGUUUUUGAUAACAAUUUGUAUUAAGAUUUUGUGGAUUAUAAAACUAUAUGUUAAUUCAUAUGUUAUGAAAACAUUUGUGGACAUAUGUUAUUGGAAAUAACAAAGUUCAACAAAUAUGAUGUCAUAUAUAUUAUAUAUUUAUGUA